AUGAAACUAUUUCUAGUAACAAUUUUAAUAAGCACAUUAGCUGUUGGUCUAUCAGCUUCAGUAAUAUCAAGCAGAAGCAGAAGGAUACAUCAUAAUGAAUUUAAUGUAUUUAAAAAUGAUUUGUCAUUUAUAUUUGAGCAAGCGUCGAUACAACAAGAAAAUGGAAAGUAUAUAAUUGACAAGGAAAAGAUUGCGGAAAAGUUUGGCGCCGAGGCUGUUCCGUCUAUUAUGGCAUUCAUUAAAUUGGUUAAUAAAGAAAUAUUAACAAGCAGUGAUUUGGUUAAUGUUCCAAUUCCUACUCAAUUUUUACAACAAUCAUGGCUGUCGUGUGUGACCGAUAGUGUUAUAGAGAUGACUGGAAUAGGAUUUCUAACUGGAGGUAUGCAAGAACUUAUCAAAAAGGAAUUAUGGGAAGAAUUAGCAAAAGAAAUAAUAAAAGUAGUUGGCAAAAAUGCUAUUAAAGGAGGUGUGGUUGGAUUUGCUGCUUCGAUGGCUUGGAAUGUAUUUAAAUUGUCAAAUAUUGCUCAUCAUAGUAGUAAUGAACAAAAGCGUUCUUUCUUAACAAUUGUUAAUCAAGGUUUUGAAGCAUAUCGAACAACAUUGGGAAAAAAUCCUGUUCAUCUACAACCGGGUCUAUGUGUAUCGAUACCUGUAAUACAUAAUGUCCAGAAAGUUGACAUGCGUGAGGAUGGUGUGACAGUUGAAAGAAUUGAUGCAUUUACUAAAGAUAAUGUUCCCGUUCAAUUGUCAGCUGUUUUAUUUUAUCAAGUUAAAAGUGCUUAUAAAGCUUGCUUCGAUGUCACUAAUUAUCGUUCAGCCAUUUAUUCUGUUGGAACAUCAUCACUUCGUUCUAUUGUCGGACAAUUUGAAUAUGAUCAAAUUAUUGGUGAUCGAAAUAAACUGAAUAAAGAAUGGUUAUCCGUCGUUGGUAAUUCUAUUGAACAUUGGGGUGUACAAACGACAAAAGCUGAAAUACAAUCAUUUGGACCGUUAGAUGCGUCCGUAGCUAAAACAUUAGAAAAACAAAUGGAUGCUGAACGGGAUCGUCGACAACAAGAACUGAAUACAAGAGCUAAAAUAAAUAUUAGUGAAGGUGAAAAACAAUCAAUGAUCCUUCACAGCGAAGGAAACUUGGUUGCAGCUAAGAAUUUAGCUGAUGCUAAUUUAAUCACAGCGCAAAAACAAGCUGAAGGACAAAGAUAUUUGAUUGAACAAGAGACGGAAGCUCUUACACAACAAUUAGAAGCAAUUAGUAAAAAGUUAAAUAAUGAUCAUCAUUUGACUGUUCAGUAUUUACUAGCCAGACGCAGGUUUGAUGAAUUACAAGCCAUUGCUAAUGGAAACAAUAAUUCAACAUAUUUUAUUAAUAAUCAAACUGAAGGUGUACACGGUCUGAAAUUGUUUUCAGAUCUACAGAAACAAGACUCAUGA